UUUUUGUUACCCCUCGUUAACAUGGAACGCAGAAGGCAGAACCAACUAUUAAUUAAUUUAAAUCUAUUAACUAUUAACUAUUAACUAUUCAAUCUUUCAAUUUCAAUUUCGAUUUCUAAGAACGCUCCCUCUCUCCUUCUCCGUGCGCUGAUUCAACUUCGAUUUGCUACAAUCCCAUCGCUAAUUCACAACACCACAAAGAAUCUUGCUUCCAUGGCGCAAUCUCCCAAUAUACAGCGUACGGACUCAAACACGCCCUUAAUGGGACAAAGAAAUGACUUGGCAAAUGAUGGACUUGUUCCUCAGAUAUUUUCAUCUGUUCCUUCUCUCACUGAAGCUGCUGCUUAUCUUUCACAAACAACGUCGUUCCUUACUGGUUGUUUCUAUGAUUAUUCAGUAGAACAUUCCUCUGGAGAUUCCAGUGACUCUUCUGGCGUUCAUGCACAAGAGCUUGUGUCUUUUGCUUCAGGGGAAACUGAGGCAUCUUCUUCUAAUAAAACAUUUCAAUCUUCUUAUGCACCUCUGAAUACAAAUGAGGACAUCACAGAGACUUCUGUUGGAGAUUCAUCAGGAAAUGCCGGUGCACUAGUAAGAUCAAAUCCUUCUGGACAAACUGGAAUUCCCCUCUUCCAAAGCUUGAUUGAGCGUGCUCGGAGGACUGUGCGUGGAUCUGCCGAUGAUAUAGGAUGGCUUGGACGUGAUCCUGGAAUGCCCCCAGUUGAAGAUGGAACGGAGAGGUUUCAUGAGAUUCUUGAUGAAAUCAAGCAUGGUGUUCAUAGGUUACCAAAUUCUAUGAUUUAUUUGUUAAUACCAGGUCUUUUUAGCAAUCAUGGCCCACUCUACUUUGUCAAUACAAAAGCCAGUUUCUCAAAAAUGGGUUUGACUUGUCAUAUUGCUAAGAUUCAUAGUGAGGCUUCAGUUGAGAAAAAUGCCAGAGAGCUAAAAGAGUAUAUUGAGGAAAUUUGUUGGGGUUCAAACAAACGCGUUUUGCUUCUUGGACAUAGCAAGGGAGGAGUAGAUGCAGCAGCUGCUUUAUCAUUAUAUUGGUCUGAUUUGAAAGAUAAGGUCGCUGGAUUGGCAUUAGCACAAAGUCCAUAUGGUGGUACGCCAAUAGCUUCAGAUCUACUGCGAGAAGGACAACUUGGCGAUUAUGUAAAUAUACGAAAACUUACUGAGAUUCUUAUCUGUAAAGUAAUUAAGGGUGACAUGAGAGCCUUAGAAGACUUGACGUAUGAAAGGCGGAGGGAGUUUUUAAAGGAGCAUCAUCUACCAGAUGAACUUCCUGUUGUUUCCUUUCGUACUGAAGCUAGUAUUUCCCCUGCCGUUUUAGCGACGUUAUCUCAUGUUGCCCAUGCUGAACUACCCACAGUUGCUGGCGAACCUAAAAAACUUCCUGUGGUGAUGCCCUUAGGUGCUGCUAUGGCUGCUUGCGCACAGUUGCUGCAGGUUAGAUAUGGUGAGAAGAGUGACGGGCUUGUGACAUGCCGGGAUGCAGAAGUUCCAGGAUCUGUUGUGGUGCGACCUAAACGAAAACUGGACCAUGCGUGGAUGGUUUAUUCAUCACUAAAUGAUGACCCUAAAGAAGGGGACGCAUCUCAGGUGUGCGAGGCUCUCUUGUAUUUACUUGUGGAACUUGGUCAGAAAAAGAGGCACGGCCUUGAAAGGAAAGACAAGUUGCGAACUAGGUGGAACGUGAAUCCUCCAAGAGGAAUCGCCAUCGUCUUGGACAAAGAAGCUCCUAGAUCGCAUCUCACAUGACUGUUCCAUCACCAUCCUUAUCAGUUUUAUAUUAUAUGCCUUCAGUUGAAGUGAAAGAGGUUUAUUUACUUAUUUAUCUAAUAGAAAAAACUAGAAACAUAAAUAGCUACCCAAAUAGUUGUGUGGAAGAAGUCUUGUUAACUUUUUCAAACUAGUUACUUACAAAGAUUCUAAACAAACUCCAGGGAAAAGAGAAAAAGCAAUCAGUUCAAAGAAACAGUAUUCGCAACCAAUAAAAAAAGUACUUUAAGGUUGAGGUAAUCAUCAUUAUUCAACGUUUUUAUUACUUUU